CAUUAUAUAACACCACUUAUGUCCCUGGGCACCUCCCAGAGGUAUCUGUACCUUUACCUGGCCUCAACUGCUCCGUCAGCUCCUCUAAUGGUACAGCCUGCCCGUGCUGCUGCUGCCUCUGGGACACAAACACACAGACGAGCCGCACAUACUAGCACACACCACAAACACACAGGCAGAAGGAGAACAGUCUGCCAGGCAAGCAAGGCAGACAGACAGACGCACAGUCGGACAGAAGGGAAACGUACACCACCACCAUGGGCUGCUGUACCAGAGAGUGCGGGCUGAUAGCCGGAGCUGUGUUUGGGGCGGCAGUAGCCAUCCUGGGAGGUGUCCUUAUCCCACUGGGUAACAGCAUCAUUGAGAAGACAGUGGAGAAGGAAGCUGUCAUUGAGAAUGGAACGACAGCUUAUGACAACUGGGUGGCUGUAGGCGGAACGGUGUACAGGCAGUUCUGGUUAUUUGAUUUGAAGAACCCCCUGGAGGUUUUGGGGUAUGGCGCGAUUCCAGUAGUAGUGGAAAAAGGACCUUACACAUACAGGACAAGAUAUCUUCCCAAAGAAAACAUCACAUUUAACCCCAAUAACACUGUCUCCUUCCUGCUGCCGUCCGGUGCCAUCUUUGAGCCGUCGAUGUCAGUAGGACCAGAGGAAGACAAAGUCACCACCCUCAACAUGGCUGUGGCUGGAGCUUAUUCAUUGGUCCCAAAAAUUCUUCAUGGUGUGGUGGAGAAAAUGAUAAACUCAAGCAACUCCUCCUUAUUCCAACGUCGUACAGUCAAGGAAAUCAUGUGGGGUUACACAGACCCCAUGUUGAGUCAAGUAUUGGCUCUAUUUCCAAAUUACAACGAGUCAUUUGAUGGCCCCUACAAUGUCUUUAAUGGAAAGGAUGACAUCUCUAAGGUGGGAGUAAUUGACAGGUGGCGAGGAGAGAAGAAAUUAUCUUUCUGGAAUGACCCGUACUGUAACAUGAUCAAUGGGACAGAUGCUUCGUCUUUCCCUCCCUUUGUGGACAAGAAAAAACCCCUCUAUUUCUUUUCAUCGGACAUCUGCAGAUCUGUGCCAGCAAGUUUUGUGGAGAACCUAGAUCUGCUGGGGAUUGAAGUGUACCGCUACUCCCUGCUGCCAGACACAUUGGCCGCCCCUACGGUCAACCCAGACAACCAGUGUUACUGCAAAGACCGAGUGGUCACCAAGAAUUGCACCAUAGCUGGAGUACUAGACAUCAGUUCCUGCCAGGGUGGAAGACCUAUCUACAUCUCUCUGCCUCACUUCCUUUAUGGCAGUCCCUUACUGCAUAAGAUGGUGAUGGGCCUCAAUCCCAGCGAGGAGCACCACUUCACCUACCUGGAUGUGGAACCUACAACCGGCUUCACCUUGAGGUUUGCCAAGAGAAUUCAAGUGAACAUGAUGUACGGACCAUCAAAGGUCAUCACGGUGCUUAAGAAAGUCAAGGAUUACACCAUAUUCCCCCUUGUUUGGAUGAAUGAGACGGCUGCGUUGGAUGACGAAACGGCAGACAUGUUUAAGAGGGAGCUCUUCUCCCGCGUUGCGAUGUUGGAGAUGAUACAGCAGGCGCUGCUGGGCACCGGUUUGGCCAUCUUCGUCCUGUGUUUUGUCUUCUACUGCGUGUUGAAGAGAAGGAACGGAAACCAAUCCAAGUUUGUGUGAUCCAAGUGUCUGUUGUUGUGUGAGCACCGUGCAUCUAAGCUGCUAUGGGACAUCAAACCUUUUGAUAUAGACCUGCACUUUUUUGGAAUUUCAGUGCUAUUUAUGUCAUACCUCCUUUGAUAACAAAGGAGGAGAUACUGUGAUUUUGUAAAACUCAAAGAGCUGAAUUCCUUUGCCAAAUAUUGUUUUAAUUGCAAACACUGUAACAUUAGCUCAAUCAGGGAUGUCUAAAGGGAGGGGAGACUCCUCUGAACUGUCAGGUCAUCAAUUCACACUGAGGAAAAAUGAGAAAUCCUGUACAAUAAAACGGACAUGAAUCUAACCUUACACCAAUAUUCACGUAAUUUGCUGAGCUAGUACCUUCAAAAAUGAAUAAAAUCUGAAAAAGAGUUUUUCACUGGGUGUCCUAUUCCUAAUGUUGGGUUGUUCCAAUCUGGUCUACCCCCCUACUCAGUCCAAAAUACAGUAGAGACCUGUUGAAACAAACCUCCACAUUGUGCACGCUGAAGCAAAGUAUUUGGUUUCCUCUUUACCUUGAGUGGCCCAUAAAUCAAAAAGAGUAUUAAAAAAAUGGACUGGGGGAUGAUUACACCGUGGUUAUGAGCGGUACUUGGGUUUGUUUGGUGAGAAAGCAGUAUUUCUGCCCAGCAGAGAGACCUCUUUUAGAUUUUAUGGGUUUUAAAUGACCCUCUGCAGCCUCCUCGUGUCGUUGAUUUUACUGUUCGGUCCAAAUCUGACAUGUUACACACAUAUAUGCGUUUCAUUAAGAUUACAACAGACAUUACAUUUCUUCCUUGACGUGGCGCAGUUUGCAACCUUGAGGGAUUGUCCACUGAGAUUUAGGACAGACGUUUUUGUCUGAAAAGCUGGACCCUCUUAAGCAUCCACGUAAUAUUAAACCCAUAAAUUAUCCAUAACCGUUUGCGGCUGGUUGGACCUGAUCCCAGCUGACAUCGGGCAAGACGUGGAGUACAGCCUAGACAAGUUGCUAGUUCAUCAGAGAGCCAACUUUAGCCAACUUAGAGUCACCAAUUAACCUACUAACCAGGUCUUUGGUUAAACCGGAAGCAGACACAAGGAGAACAUGCAAACAUUACACAGAAAGGUCCCAGUUGACUGGGGGUGCUAACCACUGUGCCGCCAAGUAGUAGUCAACGUUGAAUUGCUGUUUUUCCCAGUCUCCGCACUAAGGUAGACUAACCAGCUGUUGGCUUUAGCUUCAUAUUUAUCGUACAGACAUGAGUCGUAUCAAUCUUCUUAUUGAAAUCUCAGCAAGUAAGCAGAUAAGGUUAUUUCCCCAAAUCACAUAGUGAUAACAGUGUGAAUGUUCCUUUAAAACAAUAUAACAAGACUUCAUACAGUAGCAUGACAUGGCCCAUCGUGGGAGGGGACAGAGGGAAAUCAUAGUGAUAAAAAUGUUUGACAAUAAAAUGCAUGAUCUUUCUGUAAAACUGAGAUUCAUCUGAACAGAUUUAUUCGGGCUAUCAUGACAUUAAUAAAUAGAAAUACACGUUUCAUAAACACUGAAAUUACACCGAGUGACGUGAAGCUGACAUGAUGCCGGUCACACAGUUUUAUUAAAACGUGGAGCAGAUGAGGGAAGAAGUACAGCUAGAAAGUCUUUUUUUUUCUCAAAUAAAAAUAAUCCUGUAUGUCUCCGCAAUUUGCAGAUACAGUCAUAGGUGGUGAAAUAUGCUGAAAUUAUAUACACAAUGAAAAAA